ACAAGGAGAGAGCAGUGCGCCUCUGCUCUGUGAUCAGUCCGCCUCCACAUGGCUCAGGCUUUAUUUCAAACUCCCUCCUCAGCCACAAUCACAACAUGAUGCCAUGUGCCGGUAUGGACUCAGACUCACAGGUUAUUACGCGCGUUUAUUUUGCCUAAGAGAGCUUUUAGUUUUCUUUACAAUAUUUUUUGAUUUGCAAAAGGAAACAAGAGGGAUCGCUUGGUAAGUUUUUGUUUUUCAUAUUAUUAUAAUUUGGGGGGUCUAUGGCCUACCUUUGACUACAAUAAGGAACACUCUCCUGAGACCGAUUUUUAAUGCCUAUUGAAGUUAAAAAUUAAAAAGAAAAACAGACCCUAAAUAGGCCUUCAGCCUAACAUGGUUUAACAUUUUAAAAAUUCAGUCUUGCCUAUUUAUGCACGUGUACAUUAUUUUUGAUCUCCCAUUUCUUUUUUCCCCAUCCCUAUGUACAUUUACACGUUUGUUGUCGUUUCUCAUAUUGACCUGUCUGAUCCAUGAAACAUCACAGAUUUCUUCACACGGAAAAAUAAUUGACUAUUUCCUUUUUGUCACGUCGGGUAUCCCGUUGGGACAGAGCCGAGUCAGAACGGAAUAAAUGCAAAUUCAUUAACUCUGAAUAACAUUAUAGGAUUAACUACAAGGCGUCUCUUACUUUGAAAUCACCACAUCUGUUAGUCCUUUUACCAUAGAAAUAAAUUUAGGAAAACUGAAUUGUCUUUUAGGGGGUUCAUUUAAUUAUAAAAUAGAUGACACAACAAAAAUUGCACUCUUUGUUGUCACCGAAAAUGUUGUGGUGUAUAUCUCAUUCUCUUGAAAUUGGAGAUGAAUUUCAAGCACCGUGGGUGAGCUUUCACUUUAGUUUUACGCCCUCAAAAAAAUCAAAGCUGUACUUCAAGUUUGUCAUCUGAUUUACAAGAAACAGCAUCCAGAAGUUUUUCUUUUUUCACCCAACAAGAUAAAGAUUUAACUGUCAAAACUUUAAAUCAUCUCAUCUUACAUUCAUUUUUUUCUAGUUUGGUUUAGUCAGAGAAUAGUUGAAUUAGUUUAAAUUUCGUUGUAUUUUAACCAUUUCACUAAAUCACAUCACGUUUGUAGGGUCUCCAAAUCAUUUUCGGUGUUACUAAAAAAAAGGAUUCAGCACUUUUCAUCACCCUAAUAUUAUCACUCCAAAGCUGUGCCAAAAUGCUCUCGUUUGGUUUUAUCAUUGUCACAUUUUUCGCAGACAUCUUCAAUUCAAAUUCGACAUUUCAUUCCAAACCUAUAAGUAUCAAAAAGUGGCCAAGCACAAACUGAAACGCCCACAGAAGGUUUCAACUUUGGUUUGAAAGUCACUUUACUCGGGCAUCACCUCACUUUAUUUUUGUUUACGCGCAGUUUGACAGCUUUGGCAUUUGAAUGAGGCCUUUUAAGUCCUUGUGACUCAUACAGCUGAUAGCUAGCGUAGGUUUUACUACUAUCUUAACUGUCAUCUAUAACUGUCUCAGAUUUCAGAUUCCGACAGAUGCUGACAAAACAAGGUUUUAUCCGACAAUAUUUGGCACAAAAUUGAGAGAGGGGAUCACUGAGAGGAGAGAGGACACUGGAAAACCCGUCCCAACUUGGAUCAGAAAGUAAUCACCCUUUUAUACUAAGUCUGAGUGAGGACUGGUGAAGUAGAGAUGCUGGGAAAUGAAGGAGAGAGCAGCACAUUUGCAUCCACCAAGGAAGCAGCGGAUGAGAGGUGUAAGUCCCCGGCUGUGGAUGGAGACAACUCAGCUGCAGGCAGCAGGUACGCAGAGCACGGGGUAGGUGCUGACCGCUACUACAUCCCCUCGGCUGUCUCCAAACAAAGUCCAGAACCACCAAACCCCUGCUCCUUCAUCCCCUACACUCCUAGUGGGACAGUUUACAGCCCAUCCAGCGCAGGCAGAUACCCCUCAUCUCUCCACCUGGGCUCCGUAUUACCUCCUGCAGGAUUUUCCCCCUCCACAGCCGGGCGCAGUCACUUCAGCUCGGCGUACCAGCUCGGGCAGGGUCCCGGCUGCAUCUACCCAUCUUACACCGGCUCAGGGUCCGCUCUCAGUAACAUCACUUUACCCACAGCCGGGCCCGGAAUGAGGGCCCAGGUUUACCUAUGCAACCGACCGCUGUGGCUCAAGUUCCACAGGCACCAGACCGAGAUGAUCAUCACCAAACAGGGCAGGUGAGAGAGAGAAAGAUAGACAGAGACACACAGAGAGAAAAUAAAAGUGUUGUUUACUAGGACUUAAUGCUCUAAUAUGUUUAUGCCUUUGCAGACGGAUGUUCCCGUUUCUGAGUUUUAACAUCACAGGUCUGAACCUGACAUCACACUAUAACGUGUUUGUGGAGGUGGUGUUGGCGGAUCCGAACCACUGGAGGUUUCAAGGUGGCAAGUGGGUGACAUGUGGAAAGGCGGACAACAGCAGCCAAGGUACAAAAGUGGAUCUCACGGUUACAAAUGAUAUUUUUUUUACAAUGAAAACAUUUUUUCCAAUCGAAAAAUGGAAAUAGAUUAUAGGACACAUUGAUUGAAAUUUUUUUAUGCGCAAAGACAAUUAAUUUGUCUUUAAUAAGAACUUUUUUUUGUAUGAACACUUUUAAAGCCAGGCGUACAUUUUUUAAUGCACUGCCCACGAAGGUGUAGAUGUGAGAUCGAGUCUAAAGAUAUAAAUAUAUGUCUUUGUUACAGGGAAUAAAGUGUACAUCCACCCUGAGUCCCCGAACACAGGGGCGCACUGGAUGAGACAAGAAAUCUCCUUCAGCAAACUGAAACUUACCAACAACAAAGGAAACACUCACAGCACCUCACAGGUAUGACAAACUGAACACACUGAGGCCUUUAUUAAAAGACGUAACGGUGGAACAAAUUAUUUAAAGGCGGCACAAUCUUAUGUACAAUUGGCCAAUGAUCUUAGCUAAAUUCAGAGUUACUUUGUAUUUUUGAUAUGCAGAUAAUAUUCAUGGAUACACGGAUAAAUCGUGCGUAACAGGCGCACUGACAUUUUGGAUAUUGUUUGAUUUCAAAUCCUAUAGCUAAUUUGUGGUCAGAAGAAACGACGAUUUCAGCAAUUUAGUGAUGCUUUUUCUGUCUGUGGGAGCAAUUUGAACUCAGUAUUUCAAAAUACAGUCACCUUAUUUAGGACGGGUACAAUUUGAGGCAAGAAAAAAAAAUACAUCCGAAGGAAUCAGCGCUUUUCUGAAGUCAGUAUUUGUGCGUAUCAUUAUUAUUAUUUUGUAAUUCAAUUGUUCUAACCAACAAUAUGCCAUGUUCCACUGUAGAUGAUUGUUCUGCAAUCGCUGCAUAAGUACCAGCCGAGGCUGCACAUAGUGGAGGUGACAGAGGACGGGGUAGAUGACAUCAGCAGCGAUGUGAAGACUCAGAGCUUCACCUUUCCAGAGACCCAGUUUAUAGCUGUGACUGCCUACCAGAACACUGAUGUAAGAAUGAACAUGUCCUCUCUGCCUUUGUUCUCUGCCAUGAUAAAGUUUCUGAGCAAUGUGCUGCUAUUGUCAUAAAAUCAGUCCUAUAGCCAUGUUUUGUUGUUAUGAACCUCAUGUUACAUCUUUAUUAAAAUAUUCAACAUUUCUUAUUCUUUUAUAGUUUUAUCUCUAUGAUUCAGAGAAAUGUAACUGCAUUGUGCUUUUCAAAAUCUGCUCUUGCUUAUUGCCACAUAUUGAUGAAGCUCUUUUAUAUUUUCUAUAUGCCCCAGAUUACACAGCUGAAGAUUGAUCACAACCCUUUUGCCAAAGGAUUCAGAGACAAUUAUGAUUCGUGAGUAUUUUACUCCACUCAUAUUGUUUAUAAAUUGUAUGGAAAUCAUAUUUUAUUAAGACUACAUUGAGAUUGUUUUCUUAUUCCAUCAAACGCUCUUUCUCUUUCAUUUCAAAGUGAACUCAUCUAAGAUUAUUUGCGUCAUGUUUUGUGUGACUACUCAUUUUGAAAGAAAUGUUCAUACCAUAUUCUUUUUCUCUUUACUUCUUCCUUGACCUCAAAUUCACCAGUGAAUAUAUAUUUUUUAGGAUGUACACAGCCCCAGACAACGACCGCCUCACCCCCUCUCCCACCGACUCUCCACGUGCACACCAGAUUGUCCCCAGCGCCCGUUACUCCAUGCAGCCCUUCUUCCAGGACCAGUUUGUCAACAACCUCCCUCAGCAUCGUUUCUACAACAGUGAGAGAGCUGUGCCGCAGACUAACAACCUCCUCUCACCUCAGCCUGAGGAUGGAGCAUCACAGAGGUGGUUUGUCACCUCCAUGCAGCAAGGAGGAAACAGCACGAGCACCAGCAACAAGCUCGAUCUCACACCAUAUGAGGGAGAAUACUCAAGCUCCCUGCUGCCUUAUGGUAUCAAAUCUCUCUCCAUGCAAACAUCUCAUGCUCUCAGCUACUAUCAAGAUUCUCCUUUCUCCACCAUGACCGCAGGGUGGGGACCCAGAGCAGCAUACCAGAGAAAGGUUCCCCCCAGCUUGCCUUGGUCCCCCAGGCCUAGUCCCACUGCUGGUUUCCCAGACGACUCAAUCAAAGUGAAACCACAAGUAGAAGAGGAGGUGAAUGGCAGCGGGGGCCUCAUCUCCUCCUGGACAGAGGCGCAGCCAUCAGCACUGUCUCUGGACAAGACUGAUUCUUAUUCUUCCACCUGCAAACGGAGGCGCUUGUCUCUUAAUGGCCCCAGCACAGAGGAGUCAUCCAAUGAGAUCAAGUGUGAGGACUUGGCCUCUGCUGCACCAAACAGUAGCUCCUACAGCAAAGAAGCCCCCUCAUCCAAAAGCAUGGCAGCUUACUAUUCCUUUUACACAAACCCCUGAGUGCUUAUUCUCUCAAAAUUUUGUCUCUUUUUUUUCUGAAAAUGAGGUUGUUCUUUGUUUUCUACCAUCAACAAGAACAUUUAGUUGCUUACGCCAUGCGCACAACAAGUAUUUUCAUUGUGAUUUUUCUUCCCUUUUUUGUUAUGCUUCAGUCAAUUUCAAGGGUCAUUAAAAUAAUCACAUAAACCAAAGUGUGUGUGUGUGUGUGUGUGUGUGUGUGUGUGUGUGUGUGUGUGUGGCAUGAUGAGCAUUAAAUUCCUGUGAUCCUGGCUUAUUACAUCUAUUCAGUGUAUCUACCAUCAUAUACAGAGUCCCACCAUUGUGUAACAGGAAGUGCCAAAGCAUUUGUUUUGGGUAUCAAAGUUAAUAAAACACUUCUAUGUAUGUUUUAUUGUGAACACAUUGCUGUAUCUGCCCUUACACUGAGGUUACAUGUUUACAGAUUAUUUAUUAAAAGCCUGUUUAUAUGAAAUUUGUGCGCUCAUGAAUGUAAGGUUAAUGCUGUACAUAUCUUCAUGGCAAUGUUGAAGCAUUUGAUAAUAAAAGCAUAUAUGUUCUCUUUAA